AUGCAUAACAACUCGAGAAUCCAGCUUCAGAUUGUCACUAUCUUGAUUAUCAUUAAAAUCAGCAUGAUACUCUUUUUCUGCAGCCUUCAGGUGAAUGAAAAACCGGUCCACAAAGUAUAUUCGUUUGACGGCGACGAUUUUCCUCAAUUAUUGCCCCUCCCCCAGACUAGUCCAGUCCUAAUGGCCUUCGAAGACUCAGUACAUUAUGAGAUCAACACUGAAGACGGGAGGGCGGAGUGGGCCAGCCUAACACCGGGUGGUGGGCUUGUUUAUCUGGGGGAGCAGCAUAAUCGCCCAUUCUCGAUCUCGAUGUUCCACCAAUUGCGUUGCCUCGAUAUACUACGAGAAGAUCUUGUCGGAGCAAAUGGCAAAGCAGAUCUGAGCCGUCACUGCCUCAACUACUUGCGCCAGAUGGUGAUGUGCCGCGGCGACACUCAGCUGGAAAACAUACUUGUAGCAAGCAAAGAACAUCCAUCCCAAGAUUUUUUUGUGCGGACUGGGUCAUAUGUGUGUAGCAAUUGGAAUUCGGUGCUGGAGGAAGUGAAGAAGAACCAGGCUGCAGCUGUCAAAAUGCGGUGA